AUGAAGCUCUCAAAAUCGAACUCUACCAUGACCGAUUCCGUUAAAAUUAUUUUAAUUAAUUUUCAUCACCACUCAUCAUCAUGGAGUGAAACACCUCUUGAUUCUCAUGUUUGUCAGAUCUUUCAACUCUUGAAAAGGAAAUUUGAACAUCAAGCCAAAGGAUUUUGCAAAUGGUUAAAAGCAAAGGACGAAUGGUUGCAACAAGAUCAAACUCACAUGAAACUUGAAUUCAUGCACGAUCGUGAUAGUGUGCUGAAAUGGAAAGGCUUUAACCCGUGGACUCCAGAUUCGAAUUCUUCAGGGUAUAUCCACAAAAUGAUGAUGCUACAACCCGUGGACAUUGAAGAAUUGUACCACAACACUCAAGAGUUGAUCGACCGAGUCGAAUUUUGGCAUCCUUUCAAAAAGGAAAUUUUGUCACUCAUUAUGGCAGAAGAAUUGGAUAUCUUUGAUUUUUUUCCAAAACAUUUUAUUCGAAUGGGAAGAAGACUUGUCCAAACUAUUCGAGCAACAAUAUGA